AAUAAAGCAUGGUUUGUGCUCAUGAUUUGUGCUAGAUCCUGCUCUUACCUUGUUUAGCAGUCCCUUGUGUUUUUCCUUAGAGCAGAGACAUGCUUGCAGAGCUUUCCAUGUUGACAGCAAUCAUUCAGCAAAAGAGACAACCAUAGCAACACAUCAGUGAUAUUUAAUGAUGGAAUAGCUAUCACAGCCUGUGGAUUACAGUUUCUUACACUUAUCACAAAUUAGUUGUAUUCCAUGAGGGUAAGCAAGAAGGAAGUAGGUAUAUUUCCCAUGUGUUUAUCUUUUAAGACAUACAUAAUUGAAAAAAAUCACUACAUUUUCAGAGAAAACCUUAACCUAGAGUUCACUGAUUAACCUAUGGGUGGUUCUCAGGUAAUUGCAGGGGAAUUCAGCACUCAGUCUUUGUGGGGUUGGCCUCUUGCUUUGUUGGCACUCCUGGCUGGCUGACUGGCUGGCUAUGCUGACAGUGCAAGUGAAGGGAUUAUUAGAUUGACCACAUGCCCUCUGCUUUUGUUUCUUUGUAUUUGUUUUGUUUUAGGAUAGAGAUAGGAAAGUUGACUGGGGCCCCAGAGAUCUAUGAAAAAAAAAAAGGAAAGAAAGAAAGAAAAGAAGGAGGAGGGGAGAGAAAUUUGCAGUGAUAGAAUUUUCUGCCAUAAGAGUCAUGAGAGAAUACAGGAGUUUCAUCUGGCAGAAGGAAACUGGCAAUGUGGGUCAAGAGUAAACCUGUAGGGAUGCCAAGGUAACAUCUCCUGAGACAUGUCUCUAAAUUACAUCAAAAACUUCUAUGAAGGAUGUGUUAAACCUCCGACUGUGAUUGGCCAAUUCCACACCCUUUUCUUUGGAUCUGUCCGAAUGUUCUUUCUUGGGGUGCUAGGCUUUGCAGUUUAUGGGAAUGAGGCUUUGCACUUCAGUUGUGAUCCAGACAAAAGAGAAGUAAACCUCUUCUGUUACAAUCAGUUCAGGCCAAUCACUCCACAAGUAAGUUUUCCUGUAUUCUGGGCAUUGCAACUAGUGAUUGUCCUGGUUCCUGGAGCCAUUUUCCAUCUUUAUGCUGCAUGUAAAAGCAUCAAUCAAGAAUGCAUUCUUCAAAAGCCCAUCUAUACUGUGAUAUAUAUUCUCUCAGUUUUAUUAAGAAUUAGCUUAGAGGUAAUAGCAUUUUGGCUUCAGAUUCACCUCUUUGGUUUCCAAGUAAAACCUCUUUUCCUGUGUGAUGCUGGAUCUCUUGGGGGGAAAUUGACUAUUAUAAGAUGCAUGGUUCCAGAACACUUUGAAAAGACCAUUUUUCUCAUUGCUAUGUAUACAUUUACUGUAAUUACAAUUAUAUUAUGUAUUGCUGAAGUUUUUGAGAUCAUAUUUAGAAGAUUAUGCUUUCUAAUUAGGCAAUGACCAAAGGGUUGUUUAACUGUUAUCAUGCCACAUUUACUUAUAAUUCAUUUUAUUUAGUUUGUUUUAUUCAUUGAGUAUCCCAAUUUAAAACACAACUAUCUGUUCUUUAAACUUACUUUAGUUGUAUGAAAUUUAUGUCAACUAUAAAACAUUAAUACUAAGUUCUAAGAUAGUGUUCCUUGAAAAAAAACACUUAAUUUUAAUUUUGUCACUUAUUUUAUUGGAAUAAAUACAUAGAGGCAAUGUUAACUCAUUUUUAAGCAGUGCUUUCAGAGAGACCUUUCACAUAGAGCAUAUUCAUUGAUCACAGUGUUUUGUGGUUAGAGAAAAUUUUAUUAUAUUAAUUAAUUGAUUAAUUAUAUUAUUAAAGUUGAUAUUCAGGAAGAUUAAUUUAUGUGCCUGAAGUCAUACAACCAGACUAGGCUCCAGAGCUUCCUAUUCCCUUUCCACUGAGCCAUGCAGUGUUCACUUUGAAGAUGAAACCAUUUUCUCAUUCAUGUAAAUUGUGAUUUAAGUAAAAAGUUAGAAAUUAGUUACUAAAGAGUAAUUCUAUAUUUUGGUCACUAACUUGAAGAAAUGGAAAAAUUGUAUUUUAGUAUUAUAAUCCUGUUUUCUUGAAAUUUUUAGUAUCAAGUGGAAUGGAAAUAUAACCAGAGAAUAAAUUGUAAAUGCUAUGGAUUAUAUUGUGCAUGGGUUCCUUGUUUAUUGUUGGUAAAAGAGAAAAAGGAAAAACCUCUAUGUCCUUAGAUAUACUGUAACAAUAGCUUCUAUAUUCAAUGUUAUUGAAAUGGAAAAUUAUGCUGAUAUUAAGUUAUAUAUCUUCAAUAGCUAAGAAGUUAUUUCAAAGACAGUUUCAUAUUAAUUCAAUGUGUUUCUUUUUAUCUGCAUGCCUUACCAACAAUCAUCUUAUCAUCUUCAUUUUGUAUCAUUUAAAAUCUUUAUGUGUUACUGCAUUAUACUGGUGCCUGCCUAAGAAAAGGAUAGUCC